AUGGGGUGCUGGUCCUGGGAGGAGAAUAAAGUGCGAGAACUGGAAGAACAGCGGCGCCUGCAGUGGGAAAGGAAGCGCUUGCAGAAGAGGCACUCGAUGGCCACUUGUGGUUCUCUGGAGGCUCACCGGGCCGUGGAUGACCUUGAACUGACCUUGGAAAGGAACCUUCAGAACCUCCGCCGCACCCCCAGCGGACGCCUGUGCCGGAUGCGCUCUUUGGGGUCGCACAAUCCCUUCGCACCUCAAAGAGAGCGAAUCCGAGGAAACGACGACCAGAAGAACGCCCAACAGAUGAGGGAAACGUCUGAGCGCGUUCUACGCCAACAGAUGAGGGAAACGUCUGAGCGCGUUCUACGCCAACAGAUGAGGGAAACGUCUGAGCGAGUUCUACGCCAACAGAUGGAAUAUAAAAGGACUCUGAGCCCCGAUCCCAAGGCCAACUUUUAUCCCGGAUCUAAGAUCCCCGAGAACUCGAAUUUCCAGACCAAAGCGGAUAUAAAAGGUUCACCGUCUGAGGACAGAGCCGAGAUUUCUCCGCCAUCGCUUGAGAUAGAAGAACUUGAACCUUGUGUAGGAACUCAACCUGUCCUUGGAGCGAACCAUCCGAAGCCUCAACAUGUGAGCCGCCUGGGAGAUCCGGAUUCACUUCCUGACAACUCCUCGCCGGCACGCUGCGUCACCAAGGCUGAAAUAUUGGAACCGUCUGGGUUGUCAUGGCAACCAUUGAAUUAUGAGGGACCGGACAUUUUGGGACCGUCUUUGGAGACAGCCAAGCCCAGACAAACAUUUGACGCGACUCCGAAGUGGAGAAAACCUUUGGAUGGGGCAGAGAUUAGCAGACAGUCACAUCUUCCAUGUGGCCACCAAUCACAAACUCAUCCCAACAUCGAAACGCAUAGCCAAGGGUCACACAUGUCCGGAUCAAUAAUCCCAGGGCAAGGACUGGUUACACCGUGUGAGACGAUCCCAGAGAUCACCAAUGACGGGAUUGAAGUCACAAAAUAUUCCAUAGAAAGAAAUGGUCAAGGAACUCGGAGAAACCAAACACAGCCUAAGAUUCCUGGAUUCCCACCCGGAUUCGAGACCUUGAAGCCAAUACUGACGCAUUCCGAUUCCCAGAAUUUCAUCCAAUUCUCUAUGAAAUCUUCUUCUCCCGAGUCCGGCAAAAAAUCAACAAUGAAGUCCAACGCUCCGCAAGGAAUAAGUAUGUGGAAUAAUCCGAGAGAUCGUCGGAAUUCUCCGAUCUCCAAAAACCAACCAGACAAGAAAGUCGCUGAACCCGAAACGCCGAAUCCGUCUGAUGGAGACUUCCUGGAUUUAGAAUCUUCGUCUCUUUCUACACCGGAAACUUCCCGGCUUUCAGAGCUUGAGAUCGGACCUGAGAUUCGUGAACGAUCAUUGAACCCGAUCAGAACUAAGAAUAAUGACCUGGAGGCUUCUAUAACUUCUGUGCCGUCUCCACCGUCUUCUAUACCUUCUGUGCCGUCUCCACCGUCAGAGACAUUACCGGGGCUGGUGUCCUCGAGGACCUCCAACCAGCACAAUCCAGAACACGUUCAGCAGACAUUACCGGGGCUGGUGCAGGAAGAACGGCAAAGAUCUUCAGAGUCCUCGAGGACCUCCAACCAGCACAAUCCAGAACACGUUCAGCAGACAUUACCGGGGCUGGUGCAGGAAGAACGGCAAAGAUCUUCAGAGUCCUCGAGGACCUCCAACCACAAUCCAGAACACGUUCAGCAGACAUUACCGGGGCUGGUGCAGGAAGAACGGCAAAGAUCUUCAGAGUCCUCGAGGACCUCCAACCACAAUCCAGAACACGUUCAGCAGACAUUACCGGGGCUGGGGCAGGAAGAACGGCAAAGAUCUUCAGAGUCCUCGAGGACCUCCAACCACAACCUAGAACACGUUCAGCAGACAUUACCGGGGAUGGGGCAGGAAGAACGGCAAAGAUCUUCAGAGUCCUCGAGGACCUCCAACCACAAUCCAGAACACGUUCAGCAGACAUUACCGGGGAUGGGGCAGGAAGAACGGCAAAGAUCUUCAGAGUCCUCGAGGACCUCCAACCACAAUCUAGAACACGUUCAGCAGACAUUACCGGGGAUGGUGCAGGAAGAACGGCAAAGAUCUUCAGAGCCCUCGAGGACCUCCAACCACAAUCCAGAACACGUUCAGCAGACAUUACCGGGGCUGGGGCAGGAAAAACGGCAAAGAUCUUCAGAGUCCCCAAGGACCUCCAACCACAACCUAGAACACGUUCAGCAGACAUUACCGGGGAUGGUGCAGGAAGAACGGCAAAGAUCUUCAGAGUCCUCGAGGACCUCCAACCACAAUCCAGAACACGUUCAGCAGACAUUACCGGGGCUGGGGCAGGAAGAACGGCAAAGAUCUUCAGAGUCCUCGAGGACCUCCAACCACAAUCCAGAACACGUUCAUCAGACAUUACCGGGGAUGGUGCAGGGAGAACGGCAAAGAUCUUCAGAGUCCUCGAGGACCUCCAACCACAAUCCAGAACACGUUCAGCAGCCAAUUUUAUCUACAUUUCCAGAUCAGUCUGAGACUUUACCCCAUACAUUGGUCCACCUUCUCCCCGAGACCCUCAGAGGAGACCGUUCUCCUUCACAGUCUACACUUCAACUUCCCAAACAAUAUACCGUUAAAUCAUUUAAACAAACUCUAGUCAAAUCUUCUCCAAAGAACUCCAGACAUUCGGUAUCUUCAACGUCCGGCCCAUCAUUGGUCCAACCAAGAUCUGACACCUGCAAUCCAACUCCACCUAAAGCUGAGCUCUCCCGAACUUCCCAGCCCAAACCCGGAUGUUAUAUGUCCCGUAUAAAACAAGUGGCCCAUUUGGCCAUCAAGCUGCCAGCCAAAGAUAUGAAUGGCCAGGUGGCACCCCCGCCACACAAUGUUGUAGAACCCACAAAUGACGCAUCACGGGCGCUGCAAUCACAGGACAUGGACUACAAUUACUAUCCGAAGGGCUUCAAGGACGCGCCCGUGCAGCGGGAGGCUCUGAAUCCUUGCUCCAAGUGGAAGAGAGAGCUAAGAAAGGCCUCGGAAAGUGCCGAAUCAAAGGUAGAAAGCGGCAAUGUAGAACUCAAUAAGGACAGUCCUGAGCAGAAGACUGCAGAUCAUCCCAAAACCUCAUCACUGGGAAGAACCGGCAGCGGCACCUCGAAGAAGACCAGAAACGACCUCGGAAUCAGGAGAGUCUUCACAAACAAAGACGUGGGGUCAAUCCAUUCCAUAGUCACCAAACACCCGGCAAACACAGAGACCAGGGACAGCAAAAUACCACAAAAAGUAAGUGCCGGGCCAGCGAAACCCCCCGCUACAAAACCGGUGGGGGGCAACAAAGAGAAAAGAGAGAGCGGGUAUACAAAUCACAGCGACUCCUCAAGAUCGGAACGCAAAAACAGCCUCACGCUGGCGUCCAGACCUCCUGCUGCCUCCUCGGAAAGCCCAGGCCACGGCGCAGACCACGGCAAGGAUCCGGCCUGGCCAUCGAAGAAAACAAACUCCGUGGCCCGAGUGGCCGUACACGUUAUCAAACACUACGAGGUCAACUCCACCCUUACCCGGGGCGCCAGAGGCCCGUAUCUCACAACCCAUCCAGUAUGGAGGUGAGAAUGAGAAGAAGGGAGGCAAGAAGGGAUCUCCGGUGACACCGCCGUGGAAGGAGUGUGGCCGGUUGUAGAGCUCCGGGGCCACGGAGAGAGGGAACCACCCUACGUAAAUAAUGAGCCAAGCUCCAGAAAGGGUCGUUAUGAUGGACUUCAUGUAACAGCUGUAUUCUACCGGUGCGAGGGCUGUAUACUACCGGUGCGAGGGCUGUAUACUACCGGUGCGAGGGCUGUAUACUACCGGUGCGAGGGCUGCGUACUAUCGGUGCGAGGGCUGUAUACUACCGGUGCGAGGGCUGUAUUCUAUCGGUGCGAGGGCUGUAUUCUAUCGGUGCGAGGGCUGUAUACUAUCGGUGCGAGGGCUGUAUACUACCGGUGCGAGGGCUGUAUUCUAUCGGUGCGAGGGCUGUAUUCUAUUGGCGUGAGGGCUGUAUACUAUCGGGCUGUAUACUAUCGGGCUGUAUACUAUCGUUACGAGGGCUGUAUACUAUCGGUGCGAGGGCUGUAUACUAUCGGUGCGAGGGCUGCGUACUAUCGGCGUGAGGGCUGCAUACUAUCGGCGCGAGGGCUGCAUACUAUCGGCGCGAGGGCUGCAUACUAUCGGCGCGAGGGCUGUAUACUAUCGGUGCGAGGGCUGUAUACUACCGGUGCGAGGGCUGUAUACUAUGAGGGCUGUAUUCUAUCGGUGCGAGGGCUGUAUACUAUGAGGGCUGUAUACUAUCGGUGCGAGGGCUGUAUACUAUCGGUGCGAGGGCUGUAUUCUACCGGUGCGAGGGCUGUAUACUAUCGGUGCGAGGGCUGUAUACUAUCGGUGCGAGGGCUGCAUACUAUCGGUGCGAGGGCUGUGUACUAUCGGUGCGAGGGCUGUAUUCUACCGGUGCGAGGGCUGUAUACUAUGAGGGCUGUAUUCUACCGGUGCGAGGGCUGUAUACUAUCGGUGCGAGGGCUGCAUACUACCGGUGCGAGGGCUGUAUACUAUCGGCGCGAGGGCUGUAUACUAUCUGCGCGAGGGCUGUAUACUAUCUGCGCGAGGGCUGUAUUCUAUCGGCGCGAGGGCUGUAUACUAUCGGCGCGAGGGCUGUAUACUAUCGGCGCGAGGGCUGUAUACUAUCGGUGCGAGGGCUGUAUACUAUCGGUGCGAGGGCUGUAUACUAUCGGUGCGAGGGCUGUAUACUAUCGGUGCGAGGGCUGUAUUCUACCGGUGCGAGGGCUGUAUACUAUCGGUGCGAGGGCUGCAUACUACCGGUGCGAGGGCUGUAUACUAUCGGCGCGAGGGCUGUAUACUAUCUGCGCGAGGGCUGUAUACUAUCUGCGCGAGGGCUGUAUUCUAUCGGCGCGAGGGCUGUAUACUAUCGGCGCGAGGGCUGUAUACUAUCGGCGCGAGGGCUGUAUACUAUCGGUGCGAGGGCUGUAUACUAUCGGUGCGAGGGCUGUAUACUAUCGGUGCGAGGGCUGUAUACUAUCGGUGCGAGGGCUGUAUACUAUCGGUGCGAGGGCUGUAUUCUAUCGGCGCGAGGGCUGUAUACUAUGAGGGCUGUAUACUACCGGCGUGAGGGCUGUAUCCUAUCGGUGCGAGGGCUGUAUCCUAUCGGUGCGAGGGCUGCGUCCUAUCGGUGCGAGGGCUGCGUCCUAUCGGUGCGAGGGCUGCAUUCUAUCGGUGCGA